AUGGAUUCUUGGUAUCUGCCUUCAUUUCUCUUCUUUGCAGCCCUCCUCCUGGUUUUUGGCUUGCCAACUCCAGAAAUCUUUGAUGUAGAUGGUGGAGUUGACCGGGAUAUAUUUGAUAUCAAUGAAGGUUUGGGUCUGGAUCUUUUUGAGGGAGACAUCAAAGUUGUUAAGGUACAAGAAAGAAAUUCCAUCGUUGGAGAAAGAUAUAGGUGGCCUCAUACUAUUCCAUAUGUUCUAGAAGAUAGCUUAGAAAUGAAUGCCAAGGGAGUUAUCCUCAAGGCAUUUGAACGUUAUCGCCUGAAAACAUGCAUUGACUUCAAGCCUUGGUCUGGAGAACCCAACUACAUAUCAGUGUUCAAGGGCAAUGGCUGCUGGUCUUCAGUGGGAAAUAAGCAUAUUGGGAGGCAAACAGUCUCCAUCGGAAACAACUGUGACAGAAUAGGAACUGUUCAACAUGAGUUUCUCCACGCCCUGGGGUUCUGGCAUGAACAGUCUCGGUCUGAUCGUGAUGACUAUGUCACCAUAAUUUGGGACCGAAUUAUUUCAGGCAAAGAGAAAAAUUUUCAAUCCUAUGAUGACCAAAAAACAGACUCCCUGAAUGUACCCUAUGAUUACAUCUCAGUGAUGCACUACAGUAAAACUGCAUUCCAGAAUGGACCAGAACCAACAAUUGUAACAAAGAUCCCAGACUACAUGGAUAUGAUCGGCCAACGAAUGGAUUUCAGUGACUCUGAUCUUUUAAAGUUGAAUCGACUGUAUAACUGCUCCUCUUCCUUGAGCUUUAUGGACUCAUGCAAUUUUGAACUGGAAAACGUGUGUGGUAUGAUUCAAAGUUCAGAAGAUAGUGCUGACUGGCUAUGGGUCUCCGAGGUUCCCGAGGGGCCAGACAGUGAUCACUCCAACAUGGACCAGUGCAAAGGUUCUGGCUUUUUCAUGCAUUUCAACAGUGGCUCUGUAAAGGAGGGGGCCACAGCAAUGCUGGAGAGUAGAGUACUAUACCCUAAACGAGGAUUUCAGUGCUUGCAAUUUUUUUUAUAUAACAGUAGAAGUCAAAAUGACCAACUGAACAUCUAUAUCAGGGAGUAUCCUCCAGGCAGUGUGAACGGUACUCUAACCCUUGUGGAAGAAAUAAAAGAUAUACCCAUUGGAAGCUGGCAACUUUACCACGUAACCCUGAAAGCGACUAUCAAAUUUAGAGUGGUAUUUAUGGGGGUCAGAGGCACUGGUGCCUCAUCGGGUGGCCUGUCUAUUGACGACAUCAAUCUUUCAGAAACACAGUGCCCUCAUCAUGUCUGGCAUAUAAGGAAUUUCACACAGCUCAUUGGCAGCCCCGAUGGAGCUAUCUUCAGCCCUCCAUUUUAUUCUUCUAAAGGCUAUGCCUUUCAGAUUUACUUGGAUCUGUAUAGCUUGCCUUACAUAGGAGUGUAUUUCCACUUGAUCUCUGGAGCCAAUGAUGAUCAGUUAGCAUGGCCAUGUCCUUGGCAACAAUUCACCUUGACAAUCUUGGAUCAAAAUCCUGACGUUCGACGGCGUAUGUCCAGCCAGCAGAGUAUAACUACAGACCCAUUUUUGAUCACCGAUGAUGGAAGCUAUUUUUGGGACAGGCCUUCCAAGGUGGGAACACUAGCUUUUUUCCCUAAUGGAACUCAGUUUCAUAGAAGUAAGGGCUAUGGACGCAGUGCCAUCGUGACCUACGAGAGGCUGAAAAGCAGAGAGUUUAUGAAAGGAGGUGAUGUUUAUAUCCUACUGACAGUGGAAGAUAUAUCCCACCUUAACACUACCCAAGAUGAGCCAGCCCCAACCUCGAGCGUCAGUGACCCUUGCACAAGCUUCAAAUGUGAGAAUGAUGGCAUCUGCAUUCUCCAGCAUGGCAAAGCUGAGUGCAGGUGUCCGUCAGGGCAAGACUGGUGGUACAUGGGAGAAAGGUGUGAAAAGAGAGGCUCAGUUCGAGACACCAUUGUCAUUGCUGCAUCUUCCACUGCUGCUGUGUUUGCCCUGAUGCUGGUCGUCACCCUCAUCAGUGUCUACUGUACCAGGAAGAAAUUUCAUAAAGAGACAAGUUCAAGGACAGCAAAUAUAACUCUGGAAAAUCAACAUGCACUUUGAAGAUUAACUCAGCAACACAGCCAGCAGAUGAAAUGAAUGAGUCUUCAUCAUGGUUUCACCUACGCUAUAUUACAAAACCACUUCAUCCUUCUAUAAACGGAUCUUCUCUGUAAAUAGUUGGAUAUACUAUAAAUCAUUAUUUUGGUAAAAGUC